GCCCUAAAACAGUGUGUAGGUAGGCUGCUCAGUAGGUGUCGAAGCGCAACCUUUCCCAAGAUUCCUUUUCCUCUCGCGUUCCCCCCUCCUCCUGCCGGUUGCCGUAGCUGCAGCAGUACUGUGUUCCAUUAGAACAUUUCAUUUGAGACAACAUGGCUGCUGCGGCAGGCCAUUAUUACGGCGACGGAGGCAGAGCAACAAAAAGACAGAAAACAGAAAGCGACGGAAUGGCCACGGAGGGUUAUGACGACCCGCACAAGACCUUGCCCUCGCUUGUGGUGCAUGUAAGGGGGCUUAUUGAUGGCAUUACCGAAGCUGACCUGGUGGAGGCGCUACAGGAGUUUGGCACCAUAAGUUAUGUUGUGUUAAUGCCAAAGAAGCGUCAGGCACUGGUGGAGUUUGAGGACAUGAGCGGCUCCUGUAAUGCAGUGACGUAUGCUAACAAUAAUCAAAUCUACAUCGCUGGCCGGCCAUCUUACAUCAAUUACUCUACCAGUCAGAAAAUCUCAAGACCCAGCAACUCUGAUGAUACACGGAGCGUCAACAAUGUACUGCUCCUUACUAUCAUGAACCCCAUCUACCCCAUUACCACGGAUGUUCUCUACACCAUUUGUAAUAACUGCGGGCCUGUGCAAAGGAUUGUGAUCUUCAGGAAAAAUGGAGUUCAAGCCAUGGUUGAAUUUGACUCGGUGCAGAGUGCACAGAGAGCCAAAGCAUCUCUCAAUGGAGCUGACAUCUACUCGGGCUGCUGCACCCUUAAAAUUGAGUAUGCCAAGCCAACCCGUCUCAACGUCUUCAAAAACGAUCAGGAUACUUGGGACUACACCAACCCCAAUCUGAGUGGCCAAGAUACCGAUGCAGAUGGCAAUUGGAACAAUUCACAAGACCCCAAUGCUAACCCAAACAAGAGGCAGAGGCAGCCAGCACUGCUGGGGGAUCAUCCACCUGAAUAUGGUGGCCCUCAGGGUGGUUAUGGUCACUAUGAUGACACCUAUGGACCACCUCCUCCACCCCCUCACUAUGAGGGCAGGCGCAUGGGGCCCCCAAUGGGACGUGGCCGCGGCGGACCUCGGUAUGGUGGGGCACAGUACGGACACGGGCCUCCUCCGCCGGAAUACAGCGCUCAUGCUGACUCUCCUGUGGUCAUGGUGUACGGUCUUGAGCCCACCAAGAUCAAUGCAGACAGAGUUUUCAACAUAUUCUGUCUAUACGGCAAUGUGGAAAGGGUGAAAUUUAUGAAGAGUAAACCGGGUGCUGCAAUGGUGGAGAUGGGAGACUGCUAUGCUGUUGAUAGAGCCAUUUCACAUCUGAACAACAACAUGCUGUUUGGACAAAAACUAAAUGUCUGUGUAUCCAAACAGCAGGCCAUAAUGCCAGGUCAGUCGUAUCAACUGGAAGAUGGCAGUUGUAGUUUUAAAGAUUUCCAUGGCAAUCGAAACAACCGUUUCACCACCGCUGAGCAGGCAGCCAAGAACCGCAUCCAGCAGCCCAGCAACGUCUUGCACUUUUUCAACGGUCAACCAGACUGCACUGUUGAAGCGUUCAGUCAGAUUUGUGAUGAGUUGGGAAUCAAGAAUCCAGUCAGCGUUAAACUGUUCACUGGCAAGAGUGGAACCGCAGGUGAGAGAAGUUCGUCUGGUCUGUUGGAGUGGGAGUCGGUAAAUGAUGCUAUGGAGGCUCUUGCUAUGAUGAACCACUACCAGAUGAAGAACCCUAGUGGGCCUUACCCGUACACUCUUAAACUGUGUUUUUCAACCGCACAGCACGCCAACUGAACCCGUUAUAACAACCACUAACCUUUGACUCCCAGUAACUUUUUGAGCUCAACACCAUAGCAUGUCUUAACUCUUGACCUGGAGGUAAAGAAAUGGGACUAAGAUGACCUUUAUUUCCAGAAUAAGACUGGACUUUGAUGUUUUGUAUUGUUUGAUUUUUAAUAUUUUUUUAUGACUUUUUUUUUUUUUUUUUUCUUCAGUUGACCGGUCUUGUAUAACAGUAAAUUUGUGUGACAAUGUAUUAAAUUAGUGAAGACAUCAUUGUGAAGAGUUUGUGUCUUGUGCACGUUGGCUUGUAACAGUGGGAUUGCACAAAAUCCUGCAGAUCAACACAUUUGUGAUAUGGUUACAGUAAGGCCAUACACUGGACAUGGUAGUCUAGGCUAUAAAAGCAAAAAUGUUGAGCUCAAAUUUUGGUUACACCACUUGCAUGAAUUCAGUUAACCUCUUUGAUCUAAGUUAUAAAAUUUGUUUUUGAAGUGUAGUACAUUUGUACACAAGUUAAAAUGUUUGGUAUCAGUAAGAUGUUUUUUUUUUUUUUUUUUUUUUUAACUUUAUGCAAGAAUGCAUUAAAUUGACCAAAAGUUACAGUAAAGUCAUUUAUUACAAAGUAUCUCUUUUUCAAAUACAUGCUGUUUUUGACUUUCCAUCAUUAAAUAAUCUUAAUGUAUACGUCAUGGCUUUCAAAAACAAUAUGAAGCAGCACAAUUUUAAGUGAUGUUUCCUGAGCACCAAAUCAACAUAUUAGAAUGAUUUCUGAAGCAUCAUAUUAUACAGAAGGCUCUAAUUGCUUCAGAACAAAAGUUGUUUUAAUUUGUAAUAUUUCACAAUAUUACUGUUUUACAUUAUACUCACCAAGGUUGCAUUUAUUUGAUCAAAAUCAAUGUCUUUUGAAAGCAUUAAAUUUUACCAGCCCCCAAACUUUUGAAUGAUAGUUGUCUUGUAAUUGUACUAGGUGUUUUCUCCAUAUAAAAGAACUUCACAGAAUA